CCGAGACUUCGAGAAGGACCGCUGCCUGCUAAGUUCAGCAGAACUGUCGAAUAUACCAGAGGAAUGGUCCAAAAUAUUGUGAUGGUUACCCUGAGCCUCGUAUUCGCAUCAGUCAUACUUCUGUCAGCUGCUUCGGAGAGCGUCCCCUACAUGGGACCCAGAGCGUACUUAGGUGAUUUCGAGUCCGAACCAGACACACAGGUGAUGAUGGAAAUCCUGGCAAAACUCGGACAGACGAUAAUGAGGGCAAACGAUCUUGAAAAGUAUGGUACUCUAAGUUCAAAAAGGGGCCUGGACUUGGGAUUAAGCCGUGGCUUCUCAGGAUCGCAGGCGGCCAAGCAUUUGAUGGGCUUGGCGGCCGCGAACUUCGCCGGUGGCCCUGGCCGCAGGAGGAGACACGCCUAAAGCAUCACGAGAUCCGACACGACAUCCUAACUCCCCGGUCCUUUCAAAAAAGUAUUAUCCGAAGUUUAAAUAAAAAGAAUUAUUAAUUAAACCACAGACAACAAUCAUUUCCUUCGUAGUCUCAAAAAAUCCCAAUAGUUGAAGCUCACUAGUUUGAAUUGUAUAUGUGUUACUUAUAAUUACAUUUCAAUGUGUAAAGUAUCUCCUAUUAGGUGAUUGAUAGCUUAUUAUUGUUUAUUUCAGGCAACUCAUGUUUUUAUUUUUGUUAUUGUAGGUAAUAUAUAUGCCCUUGGAUAUUGCAUUUUUUCUUUCUUAUUUACUUGGUUUUUCGUUCUUUUGUAAAUUUUUUCAGAAUGUAAUAAAUCCUAAUCACAUGCGA